AUGACCGGGCUCGACAACCUUACAGCUUACGAGCAUGAGCCGAAGCUGGGAUGGUUGACCGAUCAACGAGUGUUGGCAAAGAGGACAAAGGACAUUCAGAGAGCCAAAGAGAAGACGAUCUAUCAGCGCUAUCGGGAAGAAGUGUCGAAAGAGAAUCGCGUGAAAGGAAUUCAUCCGAUCACUCCGAACAAGCACAUCAAUUUUUCGCGAAGGAGCUGGGAUCAACAAGUUCGUCUCUGGAAGCGCGCUCUGCACGUUUUGAGUGGAGAAGAGCGAUCAGAGAGUCGCUGUUCGGAUGUGGGAGACUCGGACGGCGAUGUGGGCACAGUGCUCUUUGCUGAAAAUGCCGGGAAGAAGAAAAAGGAGUGCACGUUGGCCGACCUCAGCCUCGCCAAAAACGAUGUUCAUCCGGAUGCUGAUGUGAUGUCCAAACUUCUCAAUCAUUUCGACAUUAACUCGAGCGCCGAGCCUACCGAUGGAGCAAAUGAUAGCCCCGUCGACUAUCAAUCGAUUCCCACAACAUCAUAUCAAUGUCCAGAGAUUUUGUACCGUUUGGCCUUGGUGCCCGUUGGUGACUUCAUAAGCUAUCAAAGGCUGAAGCCGUCAGAAAAGCAAUCAGAAAAAGAUUUGACAAUCGUUUCAUGGGGUACGCAAGUUCCCGUUUUCCUUGAAACGGCUCAAUUGGCACAGGAGAAGUUGGGAGUAUUGGCUGAGGUGAGGAAACUUUUAUGUAACGGC